AUGGCGGCUGAUGGAUUAGGGUUUUAUGCUUCUCAGUUUGCUAAAAAUGCUGCUAAAAAACCUAGAAAAAGUUUCUUAGGUUUGGUGAAAGUGCUUGAGGGUGAGUUUCCUUCUCAAGAAAGAUUAGAUGAGGUUGUGAACUUUCCAGAAUUAAAAAUGAAAAUAUCUGGAAUUAAAAUCAGUGUUAUACCUUGGUCUUCUCAAGCAAAAGCCAAGUCUAGGCUCCAUACUACUUGGGUUGUUGCUGAAAAUGUUCCUGAGGAAUUGCUUAACUACCAGGCUAUAUGUGAACUUGGCUCAACAAUUGGGGCAGUUGAGGAAAUAGAUCUGAUCUCACUGGAAUCCAAAGAUAUGGUUAGGUUCAAAGUUCAUGUCAAAAGUAUUGAUAUGAUUCCAGAAGUUAUUGAGGUUGGGGUGAAACCUUAUUUGUAUGACAUAUUCUUUAAAGUAGAGAAUAUUGAUGCAGAAGGUUGGAAUGAUGAUUCUGUCAGUUUGGGGAAAAGGGCUUCGGUUGAUGUUCCUAGACAUGGAAAAACAGUGAUGGAGAAAUGUGGGAAAAAAGCAAAAAAUGAAGAUUUUAUGACAGAGGAAAAUGAUAUGAUCAUUGAAUAUCAUUCUGGAUCGACUUCUAAAAUGAUUGGGUCUUAUAUCUCCCCUGGAAAAUCUGAUAAAAUAUCAGAGGUGGUAAAGGAGGGAGAUGAAAAAGAAGGUAGUGAAGGGGAUGUGGAUUUUAAUGAAAGUAAAGAUGAUUUACUCAGUUCGCAAGAACUUGAUGUACUGGUCAAAGAUAUGGGAAUGGAUACCAUAAACUCUCAGGAUGACAUGCUGAAUGAAAAAGUAGAUUCAGAAGUCAUGGGAAAAAUUGCAGAUGAAAAAAACAAGAAGAACAAGGGAAAAGGAGCUGAGCUUGUGGAAGGAACCAGGAAAAGUACCAGACUGGAGGCAAAUGAAGACAUUAAAAUAACAGAAAAAGCUAUUUCAAGGGCGGCGGCGAAAGAUGCUUUUCUAAACAAAGAAAGGAACUCCAAAAAGAUCUUGCUGGAAAGAAGCUCCCGUCUCAGAAAAAUGGCUAAAGAGUUUUUCAACCGACGUUUUGGUUGGGCGCCGGUGGACAAUCGUUUGUGCAACUAAUGUUUGCUGGUGAUGGAUGAAAGUGUAGGACGUCUGAUGGCUUGGUCCCAAACAGCUUUUGAUAAUUCAGUCUUUCUUUUAUCAUGGGCUUAAAAUUUUCUGGUUGUAAUAAGUAGUUGGGAUUUACCAAAACUCUUGGUAGCUGGUGGUUUUUAGUGGGCGAAACCUGAGAACGUUUAGAUUCAAAUCUGUUCUAAAUGUUUAGCUUUUGCUGUUUAGCCUAGUGGGCUAAGUCAUGUAAUAAGUAGAUGUUUUCUUUGGUGUCUGUCGAACUUUAUUCCUAUUUCCUAAUGAAAUAGGGGGGUUUCCCCUUUCUGUUAAAAAA